GAGACAGAACGGGCGCACUUGGGGUAGUAACUAAGUGAGUUUGAGUGUGACAGAGGCAAGCAGGCAAAAACCGCUAGAUUUUGGGGGAAUUACACAGGAGCCGAUCAAGAGCAGCUCAUUUCUUUCUGCGAAAUAUUUUUUUUUUUUCCUCUCUGUGUUUUAAAUUCUUUUUUUUUUAAGUUGGGGAAGUGGGGAAGUCUGCGCGCAGGAUCCAGGAUCGGAGGAAAAAAAGACGGAGGAAAACUUUUAGGAGCAGCGAAACAACUGACAAAACUUUGAGAAUAUACUUUUUUCUUGACUUCUUCACACAGAUGACGGCGGCUGCUCAGCCGGGAAUCUCAUCAACCUCUGGAUUAACUUUUAGAGAGGGAGAUAACGGUAAAGCGGACACUCCCAAGUCUCCUAAAUAUGAUGUAAAUCUCUUAAAGUAAUUAAUAAGACAGACAUCUUUUUUUAAAGACAGAUUACUGCGGCUGUUUUUCAGUGUUGGACACGUUUGGAUGGACUCACACAUCCCUUCAAUUUAUUAACCAUUUGGACCAAAGCGGAGUUGUGCGCCCUGGCUGCCAUGACAUAACGGCACACUCUUGGAAAACCAGUGCUGAAUAUUUGUGAAAUGACCGGAUGAUGAGUGUUCACUGUUGAGCUCUGCAACUUUUACCAUUCAUUCAAGACUUGAAAGAUUCAUUUCGCUUCCUCUCAAACUCUUUAACACCCCUUGAGAGCUUCAUGGUGGAGAUAUGGGAUGACUGGAGGCGGGGGUGCAGCUGAGGUGAGAUCCAGCCGAAGGACAAUGUUUGCGCCCGGCGUUGGCAUCCCUCUGCUGCCGGGGCGUCUGGUACUGAUGCUGCUCCUGCUGUCCGCCUCGGAGCCGAGGUUCUCCCAGGCUUGUCCCGGGUUACUCGCCUCCACCAGCGGAUGCAGCUGCACGGACGAGAGGUCCAAAGCGCACGGCGUCCAGACUGUGGGCAGAAGGGUCAGCUGCAGCAAGGAGGAGCUGAGUGAACCUCCGGACGCCAGCCUGCUGCCCAACAGGACCGUUACUCUGAUACUGAGCCACAACAAAAUCCGAGUUCUGAGAAAUGGAUCCUUCUUUGGAUUUUAUGCUUUGGAGAAACUGGACCUCAAGCACAACUUAAUCAGCACCAUCAUGCCGGGAGCCUUCCAAGGCCUGUCUGAGCUUCGGAAACUCGACCUAUCCAACAACCGUAUUGGCUGCCUGACUGCAGACAUGUUCCAGGGAUUGGCCAACCUCACUAAACUGAACCUCUCUGGAAACAUCAUAUCAACCAUGGAUCCAGGAGUGUUUCAGGAGCUGCCGUCCCUUAAGCAAGUCAACUUCAACUCAGACUACCUGUCCUGUGACUGCGGGUUGCGUUGGGUGCCGGGCUUCUUUCGCGGCAGUUCAGCCCGUUUGGGGGACGAAACCCUGUGUGCCUACCCCAGAAGCCUGAAGGGAAAGCCCCUGCGUGGACUAAGGGAAAGCCAGCUGAGCUGUGAUGGUCCUCUGGAGCUGCACACCCUGUCCCUGCUGCCGUCCCAACGUCAGGUGGUCUUCAAAGGUGACCGGCUGCCGUUCCACUGCACUGCCGCCUUGGUGGAUAAGAUCACCACCUUGCACUGGCGACACAAUGGUCAGCUGGUGACCUCUGACCCAGAGAUGGGUGUCCAGCUUGAAAACAGUGUGCUGCAUGACUGCACCUUCAUCACCAGUGAGCUUAUUCUGUUCAACGUACAUGUGGAGGCCAGGGGAGAGUGGGAGUGUGUGGUUUCUACUGGGCGGGGCAAUACCUCUCGCAGUGUUGAAAUAGUGGUGCUGGAGAACAGUGCCUCCUUCUGUCCAGAGGAUAAAGUUAUCAACAACCGUGGAGAGUUCAGGUGGCCCAGAACUCUGGCAGGGAUCACCUCUCAUCAGUACUGCCUGCAGCUGCGUUACCCCUCCCUGUCUGUGGAAGGAGGCAUCGAGCAGAAAAAAGCCUCUCGAUACUGUGACCGUACUGGAAAGUGGCAGGAGGGUGACUAUUCAGAUUGUCACUACACCAACGGCAUCACCCGUGUCCUGCAUACCUUCAUCCUGAGACCCAUCAACGCCUCCAAUGCCGUCACUUUGGCACAUCAGGUGCGCACAUACACCCUGGAGGCUGCAGGCUUCACCGACUCCGUGGACGUGUUGUACGUGGCGCAGAUGAUGGAGAAGUUUAUGGAAUAUGUCAGACAGCUGCGAGAGUUGUCAGAGGUGUUGGUCGAGAUGGGGAGCAACCUGAUGCAGGUGGAUGAUCAGAUCCUCGCUCUCGCACAGAGAGAGAAGAGAGCCUGCAGCUCCAUAGUCUACUCUCUUGAGACGUUGGCCUGGCCUCAGCUGCACAGCCAUGCUCAGGACUUCUCCAUGGCGUCCAGGAACAUCGUGAUGGAGGCCCACUUAAUUCGACCAGCCCACUUCACUGGUAUAACCUGCACUGUGUAUCAGCGCCCUGAGGUCUCGACGGGCAGCGUGGGAAUGGAAAUGGCAGAGUCCGCUCACGAGCAGCAGCUUCGUUUUCACUGCAGCACUGGCUCCCAUAACACCUCCCUCAACAAUUCUGCCCGGAAGAAUUCAGUAGCCCUGGCGUCUGUGACACUCCCAGCUACUCUGUUUCCUCCUGAUGCUCCUGCAGACUGUAAGCUUCAAUUUGUAGCUUUCAGAACUGGCAGGUUUUUCCCGCUGUCUGGGAACUCAAGCGGCAGUGGGGAGCACUCUCGCCGACGUAGCGUCAACACCCCUGUCAUCUUUGUUGGCCUCGAUGGCUGCAGCAUGUGGAACCACUCAGAGCCCAUCUGGGUUUCGCUGCGCCACUUGUCCCCUGGUACUGAUGCUGUGGCAGCCCAGUGGAGCCUGAAAGCGCUGGAGAAACAUGGAAGCUGGAGUCAGGAAGGCUGUCAGCUGGUCCACAGUGACAGCAGCACCUCCACGAUGCGUUGCUCCCUGCUUAGCAACUACGCCGUGCUGCAGGAGGUGCCUGACUUCCCCAACUCCACACCUAUCUCUGUAAGGGUGCUCCACCCUGUGGUCUACGCCUGCACUGCAGUGCUCCUCCUUUGCCUCUUUACCAUCAUCAUCACACACAUACUACACCACAGCUCUAUUCACAUAUCAAGAAAAAGCUGGCACACAUUAUUGAAUACCUGCUUCCACAUUGCCAUGACAACAGCCGUCUACGCAGGGGGCAUAAGCUUGACCAGCUACCCAGUGGUUUGUCAAGCGGUGGGCAUCACCCUGCACUACUCCUCGCUGUCGACCCUGCUGUGGAUCGGAGUCAGCGCCAGAGUCAUCUACAAAGAAGCGGUGUGGAGAAUGCCGCGGCAGCCCGAGGGAGAGUCUCCUACCCCACCUACUCAGCGACCUAUGCUCAGGUUCUAUUUGAUAGCUGGUGGAGUUCCUCUUAUCAUUUGUGGGAUCACUGCAGCUGUCAAUGUCAAUAACUAUGGAGACAACAGCCCUUACUGCUGGCUGGUGUGGCGCCCCAGCCUGGGGUCUUUCUUUGUCCCCGCUGGCCUAGUGGUGUUGGUGACCUGGAUCUAUUUCCUGUGCACUGUGUUUCGCCUGAGGCAUCGUGAGGCCAAAGAAUGCACCGGAACCACCCUGUCCUCUCCCGUGACUGAGAGCCAGCCUGCACUGGCAGGAAGCACCAGCCUCCUCUCCACAGACUCAGUGGUGGGACCUAUAAACCCUGUUGUGGCGCCUGAGGACCAGUAUUCACUGAAGACACAGUUCUUGGUGCUGGUGGCAACCCACUUCCUGUUUGUGGUUCUGUGGUGUUGUGGAGCCAUGGCAAUGUGGCUGACGGGGCACACUAGCUUGUUGUUUAGCUGUCUUUAUGGGAUGGCUGCCAUAGUCUUGGGGGUGUUUCUGGUAGUGCACCACUGCUUCCAACGUCUGGAUGUGCAGGCCUCAUGGCUGGCGUGUUGCCCUGGCUAUCGGCGUUCCCAUCCCAUGUCUACUUACACGCACACCUGCACUACAGGGAGUGGAGUGCAGACCUCUGAGCAGGGAUCACAACUAUUCAUCAACUGCCAUCCACCUGGUGACUCUCACAACUCCUCAUCAGCUCGAUCGUCAUCCACGCCGAGUGGAAUUAGCAGCAUGGGCCCCGGGCCCUGCAAGCUCACCAAUCUGUUGCAGGUGGCUCAAGACAAUCCAAAUAACACUUCACGGGCCCCUGCAGGCAACAACACCAGCACCAGUACUGACAACAUCACCAAGCCAGCAAACAAUGUUCUGCCAACCAUUAACUCUGCAGCCCCAGUGCAUCCCCAGAGAAGGAAAGUGAGUAGCAGAACUAAACAAGGGAGCAGCCAGUAUCACCAUCGAGGUGAGGGCAGAGGACACUAUCGUCUCAAAGCUCUAAGGACUGCUGCAGGUGGUGGCAGCCUGGGAGCUUUAGGUCCCAGUGGUUUAGAGCACCUCAGUGCUUCACAUGCAGUUUACAAACAGGCCACGAGUGAGAAUGGCAGCAUCCACCACAGCCUUUCAGAGAACCAAGCCAGCCCGCUUACCAAUGGGAAGCGUGUUGGAGAGUCAGUGGCAACCAGCCCCUCAGAGGGAAGCGACGGAGGCAGCAGCGGGAGCCGCAAACCCUUCCCCUUGCUGCCUUCCAUGGCCAGCAGAGCGGCCAUGCACGGCGCUCAGAGACGAUGUGCCAGUAGGGACAAUUUAAAACUGGCAGCUGCUGCAGAGCGAGAUACUAAGCGCUGCUCCUACCCUUUGAACAGUGUCACCACCACAGUGCCUGGGGCCGCUGCCCCAAAUGGCACCCUCAAAAACUCAGUGUUCGAGCUGGAGCAGGACAUGAGUGGCACAGAUCAUUCCCAGAGCUCCGUCGGAAUGAAGAGUGGUUUGUGGAAAAGCGAAACCACAGUGUAACCUAUACUUAUAUGUGAACUUCUAUGCAUGACCUUAAUGGACUCUUAAAUGGUUGGGUUAUGUUUUAAUGGUCUCUUGAUUAUAAUAAUUAUAUAAUUUAAGAUAUAAAAUCAUGAAGGCAUGAAGGACCCUAAACUGGUACUUUUGCCUCGGUAGCAUUGUAAGAGUUUGCUGUGAAAUGGUAAAAAAUAAUAAGGCAGGUUUGUUUUUUAAUUGUCAUUUUCAAACAUAAGAUACUCACUUAUUUUAUUCAUUUCACAAAAAAAAUGUAUAAAAUAUCUCUGAUAUUGACAUGUGAUGUUGAUUUUGGAUGUCUAAUGAAAGCUUUAAUGUUUUUAGUUGUGAUUUUUCUAUGCAUAUCAACUAUAGCAUGAAAUGGAACGCAGACGAUGAUCCAUUUCCAAUAUGCAUUUAAUCUGUGGACAACUUUUCACCCUCGAGACAUGUUUGCUUCAAGUAAUUGUUUGUGUGUGCUCAUGUAUGCUUUCGAAUGUGUCCUGCGUGAGUGUGUGUGUGUGUGCAAAUGUGUAUAUGUAUGUGUGUGUGUGUGUGCAUGUGUGUAUGCACAUACAAUAGGAGAGUAAUCGCAUGAAUGUGGCUGUACAGAAUCUCAGAGUGAAUUAAAAAAAAAAGCUAUGCGAGACUUUUGAAUAUAUGAUGAAGAUGUUUCCUUUUUUUUUAUCUCCAUGUACUCCCAUCAGCACUGACACAUUUCCUCCUUAUCUAAUAAAUCCUGAAAGAAAAGGGA